GGAAGAGAAAAAAAGCAAGCACUGUCUGACAUCACAUCAACCGGUAAUUUAUUGUCGACAUUAUGCCGAUGCGGUGCACUACGAUCCAUACGUACCGUCAUACAUCCAUAGUCUCUUAAGAACUUUGUAUUCCCAUAAGACAUCUUUUUAUUUGUUCGGUUUCUCGCAACGGCGUGCUGUAUAACCCGUUUACUUAUUUAUCUAUCCGUCCAUCUUGCGAGGUGUUGCCGAAUGACCGAUGGCCCGGGGCGAUAUGACUGGUGAUAACAGCGUUGGGUGUACGGCGCUGCGAUGGGCAGGUUACGAAUUCGAGGUGCGGGAUGUGGGUAGGGGGUCACCACCGUCCUGCACGGAUGCGACGUCCCCGGAAACUCCGUUCCUGGACGGGAAAAGUUGGGAUGGGAAUAGUUGCGCUUUGGAUAGCGGGGUUCAGAGGAUGCGGGCGGAAGACAGUGCUUGGAGCGGGGGAGUCGGACUAGGGUUGGGGCUCGGAAUUGGAGCUGGAGAAGGGCCGUCAGUGCAGCCACCGAUUUCUCCAUCUUAUCCAUUCUCAAGGAUGCAGUUGCAGGAUGGCCUUAGUCCUGCUGGGUUGAAAUCCGUCAGUGAGGAAUGUGGGGGUUGGGUAGAGGAUGGGAUCAUGAUUCCACCAUUGGGUGAGAAUGGUGAUGAUAUUUUUGGCAUGGAUAUAGAUCUUGAGUUUGCUUUGGCGGGUGAAGAUCUUGGUAUGGUGGAGAUGCCAGCGCUAGUCAUGCCAGAGUUCAUCCCCGAUAACGGAUUCAGCAAGCAAGAGGGCAGGCCUGUGCCUUCCCCUUCUCCCUCUCCGGAUUUUCGUGUGAAAAGGCGACAUACCGAUAGUGAUAAAACUAAUAAAACUACCUGGCAUGCAGAACCACUCCCAACUUUUCCAGAGGGGAAAUAUAACUUCCUAGGGGUUGGAUCAAGCGCUCAUAGCGCAAGCUUUCUGUCGCCGUCCUUCUCAUCUCUCCCAAUCUCCUCAACGGGGACAACACCUACCCCGCCUUUAAGUGAGGGUGGGGGAAGUCUGGUCCGAAGGACUUCCUCCAAACGCCGACGUAGCGAGAAACGCUCGUCAAGCAGGUGUGUAUUCUGCACGAUUCCCGACAGACCAAAGGACAACCAGAAAAUAUUCCUGCAGAACCUCCCCUGCGAGAUACUUCUCCUCAUAUUCGAGUUCUCUUUCAUCUCACCAACAAAGUUCCCCAAGUGUGAGCACCGCCGUAACCUGCCCUCGGGGCAUAUAUCCCGAAGGGCUACAGCCCCGAUCUUCACAAGUUCCGAACCUCAACCGGCACAGCCGCUAUCGAGCGAUCAAAAUGGGGCAGCGGCGGCAGCGUCGACGGAGGUGAAAAUCGACGAGUCAGAUCCCCCGCGAUUACCCGAUCACCUGAGGAUUUACAGUGCAAAGACUCUACUUUAUAUUUCCUUGACAUGCACCCGGUUCAACGAAAUUCUCAUGGAUAGUCACGUCGACGCCACGUUCUGGCGCUCAGCAGCACGCUUCUGUUGGAACUGGCUGCCGGAGAAUCUUUGCGAUGUACAGGGCCGGGAGGAGUCUCAUCAGACUAGCUGGCGAAAUCUGGUUGGGGUGUUUAUGCGGAGUGAGAACGGGUUGAUUAAGCAGAAAGGCGGUGGGAAAGGUGGUGUCGAAUCAUUUGGUGGGAAUAAGGGGUGCGUGCCAGCUACAUUAUGGAAGGAUGAACAGGCUAGAAGAGCGGUGGUAGGUAGCGAGGGGAUGAAGAAGAAAAAGAAGUUGUUACUUGUUUGUGCACAACCCGGCCCAGACCAGCUUCAGGUCUUUCCUGAUAAGGAGGGGGGGUAUACGCUUUGUUUGAGCCUUAGGGCCGGGAAAGAUUCUUUUGUCACCUUGGACGAGUAUGGGACGUUCGGAAAGAAGCCUGCUCGGCGGCCUGGAGGAUUGAAGUGGAGCACGAGAGGCAUAGGGUAUUUUCCUCCAGAUAUAUAUGAAGUCGAAGGGGAUCGAUAUCAGCUUGUCAAGGUUCGGCUCAGGAGAGAAGCGUCCAUCUCCACGUUCAGCUCUGUUAAGGCUCAUCCCAAGCCAGCAGUCAAAGAGAUUGUAACGUGGGACCUGAAUUGUCUGCCGGAGUACGUUGCUGAUCCCAAAGCAAGCGUUGCCCGAUGCACUAGCUGGGAGGGAACCCUAGUGUUCAACCUAUUCACCCAUGGCGGUGGGGAGGAUCAAGAUGGUGGUAUAGAAGCUCUUAUGGACCCCCCGGAGGACCCUCGUAUAUUUUGUGUGGAAUCGCUCGGAUACCCUGGCUGUCACUCGACUGGUAAGGCCACUGCGACGCCUAUGUCGGAGAAGAAGCGAGGUAAAAUGAGAGCGUCGUCUGUCCCACUGCCUGGGGAGCAAGGAACGGUCUACCGCUGGCAGCAACUAUUUACAUACGAUCGUGCGGGGGAAUAUUCUCCGGCAGUGCACUUGCACUACGUAAUUUGUAACCUGAAGUUGAACAGCACCAAAGCUGUGGCCCUGAUCCGCUGGAACAUCCGAACGACAAAAUCCAAUGAGGAGCUAGUCGACCGAGAAUUCAGGAUCGUGGAUUUAAAAACUGGAGGUGUGCUCCGAACAUUAUCCUUCCCGAACCUGUACUGGGAUCACAGACAUCACGACAUGAGUGUGGAAUACAACCUCAUGAGGCAUCAAAAGAUGAGUAGAUUAUACAAUCACCUGGGCCCCGGCGAAUCCAUGGGCGCUGGCAACCGCUGCACCCGCAUCCACACAGACGCCUUUGUACUGACGGAAACCACACUAAUCAGCGGCUCGCACGACUACUGCAACUGGGUCUGGGACCUAAGCUCCCCACCACCGCCACCCCCGAAUCCGCCACCAGUUUUCACAGCAAGCCACAACGAGGCUGGUCUACACGACCCAUUUACGGUCCUCGACGACUUCUACUGGUCCUCGGCACCGGAGCCCGGCAAGGAACUCUGGAACACCAACAACGAGCGUGCGGGAUGGUGGGUGCGCACGCCAAACCAGGUGCUAUGCUUUUGGCACAACAUCUCCAUCUCCCCCGAGGGCCGCUUCUUCGCUGUUUGCCGGCCCGGCAAAUUGUUUGUCUGGGAUCUGCUCAACGGAGGGGGCAACAAGGUCGUCGGAUUCACGAAUAUCCCUCCCGGCGCACCGGCUUCUACGCGUUGGCUGGGGAGGUUAUCCGAAAGCGCGAGUGGUCUCAAGCACUUGCUCAGGCAUUGGUUCGUCUGGGAAAAUGUCCUGCCGGAGCAGGGUCUUUGGCUCCUCUACGAUGAUUUCACCACUGUAUAUCUUGACCGCGACGAUAUUCUUUCAGCGGCUGGAUUGGGUAAACGUGCGGAAUGGAUGUUCCACAGGGAGGACUUUGAGAUGUCUGAGGAUGAGGGCGAACAUGGUCAAUGUCAACAUGUUCAUGGACGACGGCGAAGGUCGGAAUUUGAUGAUGAUUGCAGUGAAGGUGAUGACUGUGAAGAUUACUAUGAAACCUCUUCUGACUUUGACGAGGAGGGAGAGGAACACGAAGCUAAGAAGAAGCGGCGCACCGAGGAGUGGGAGAUGUUGAGUUUUGAGGCGGAGGAGGAUUUGACGUUUAGGUGA